ACCUCCAACAGCAGGAUGACGUCCGUUUCUUCCCCCGGAGGUCCCACGGAGGUCAUCAACGCCCGGCGGACCGAGUCGCUGGACGCUCCCAGGAUCGAACAGCUGUCCACCAGCGCCACGGAGCAGCUGUUUGGGAGGGUCAACGUCGUCAGCGUCAUAGAGAAGGCGAACUUGGCGGUGACGUUAUGUAAUGAGCAGGACGACAUCCUGGGUCACGCCGCGUUGUACGACUACCCCAACACCAGCGAGGCAGACCAGGCAGAAUGGCAGCAGUGGCUCAGUCAGAACUACGACACUGCAGACUGCACUCCCCUGAACAGCCUGUUUGUCCACUACUUUGUGGCCAGGAAGGAGUACGCUCACGGCUGCGCCCAGGAGAUCAUCAGGACGAUCUUCAACGCGGUUCCAGACCUGCACUUUUGCUUCCUGGUGGUUCCUCAGGGGGUCUUCCCAGAGCCAGCCCUGUCGGCCAUCUUUAAGCCCAUGGAGAAGACGGAGGAUGCGAAAGGCCCUGACGGCUGCUCCAUCUUCGUCUCACACAGGCAUGAGCAGGCUCCUGUCUUACACGUUAGGAAGGCCAGAGUGGAGGACCACGACGACCUCACGCCCAUCUUCAACCGCCAGAGCGACGUGCUGAGCACCAAAUAUGGAGACUACUUCCUGGCUGAGCUGAUCGAGGCACAGGACGACAACAACCACUGUGUCAUCGCAGAGGUUGAGGGCACUGCUAUUGGCUUCAUGAGCGUGUCCAACGAGGUGAACACGUCGCUUCUCGCCGAGUGUUUCGAGCUGGGCCCCUUCCACGGGCUGUGCCAGCCCCACCCCGACGAUAUACUGGAGCCUCCCCGAGAGCCCACCCCUCCCCCUGAUGUUCCUGAACCUUCGGAGACCGCCCCGACCACGGCUGACCAGAGACCCAGCUCUGCCGCCUCACAGGCUUCCGCCAAGUCUAAGAGGUCUGAAACAGCAAUGACUGGAGAAAUAUCAGAAGCGACAAAAGCAGAUGCACCCGAAAAAGCAGCUGCCCCUUCACCUGCAGGCUCGGUGACUGGCACACCCCUGGCUGGAAAAAGGUCGUCAAAAGGGAGCAUCGCAGACGUAAUCGUAAUCGUAACCAUGACAACAGGAACGUGUAGGAUUCCUGUUAAUUCUGUUGUUUUGUGUCACCCGAUCAGGGAGCAUCGCAGAUGCCUCAGAGCUGAAGGUCAAGCCAAAACUGAGCGAGGCUCAUAUGGGGGAAAGAACAUGUCCGCUCCCUCCCACAGCUCCUCCUCCCUGCUGAGUGAGUCCAGUCGAGCUACCAGCGUGAUGUCAGAGGCGUCAAAGGUUGGUUCAGUGAAGUCUGCUGUGAGCAGGGCAGAGCUGGCGCCCCCCACCACGGCCCCCGACCAGCGGUCCCCCUCCCCGGGGGUGGAGCCCCCCUCCCUACCCCCCAGGUUCACCCCCAUGUACAAGGGGGGUUCCAACGCCUUCUGUAUCCACCUGUUCUGCAUCGACGAGCGGUUCGAGAUGAGGUCUCAGGACUUCCUUCCCUACAUCUUCAGCCUGUUCCCAGACAAGGACUUUGUGGUGAUGACGGUUCCUCACCUGGUGCCAGAGUUCCCCCUGCUGCAGAACUUUGUGAGGGUGACCCCACGUGUGCCCAGUAUCCUGGCUGAGGAGCUGUAUGUGUUCCACCGGGCAGGCCUGCUCAAGGAUUUUGUGGUACGCCCCGCCACCUCGGAGGACACCCCGGGAGUGGAAGGACUAGUCCAAUCCGUGGAGGGGAGGGAACAGCUCCUGAAGGAUCUCCAGCAGUAUAAUGAGGCCAGGAGGGACCCUGAUGGUACAGAGAUCCAGACCUACGUUGGGGUGAGCCAGCAGCAAGUUGUGGGUGUGGCUAUCCUCAGGAGAGAGGAGAAUGUGGAGUACAUCCGGUCCCACUACAACGUGGAGGACUUCAUCUACUACAACCACCACGCUCGCUCCGAGCACGGCCACAUCCACCACCUCGCCCUCAACCCCAUCUUCCAGCACUACUCCAAACACUUCCUCAAGGAGGUGCUGCGUCUGUCCCACAAGUCCUGCCUGUACUACCCCAUCUACCCGCCGUACGCAGCAAAGGAGACGCAGGCUCACCAUUCACUGAUCACGGCGCUGAACGAGAUGGUUCCGGUGCGCGCGCGCCGACAGAUCACGUACCCGCUGGAGCGGCUUGGGAUCAAUGCCCCCUCCCACCGGGUCUCCAAACUGCAGGAAUGCUACGCUGUCAACCACAUCAACAGAAAACUUACCCUGGAGCCGAAGGUGACCAUCAAUGCCAGGAUUGUCGUGGUGGGCGCGUCGGACGUGGGCCUGUCGUACCUGGAGACGCUGGCGUUCUGCCCCCACCUGCGCUUCAACAACAUCACGCUGGUGUCCACCCACGGCCUGCCGGGCGAGAUGGCGCCGGACAACCUCAGGGACAACCUCAUGGGGAAGAGCCACUGUUACCUGCACCAGGACCACAGUCUGACCUCGCUCAGGUCAUGGGUCAACGUGGUGUUCGGCAAGAUGGUGGCCAUCAACCGCCAGACGAAGCACGUGAUCGUGGCGGGCGGGACCAAGGUGCCGUACGACCACCUGGUGCUCUGCACCGGACAGCAGUACCAGGUACCCGCGCCAACAGGAGCUGACAUCACCCAGGAGGAGAUGACCAACGCCACGCUGCCCAACAGCCCGCACCGGCGCUUCCUCGGGGAGGGCCCUCGGAACGUGCUGACCGUUAACGACGGCCACGACGCGGCCUCCGUGCUACACACACUCCGCUAUGACUUCCUCAACGCUGAAGGUCAGCUGAUUGUGUACGGGAACACGCUGGACGCGUACACGUGCGUACAGACCGUCCUGGCGCUCGGCGUGUCCGGUUCCCGGAUACACCUGGUGGAGCCGCCCCUGAAGCCGCACGAGCCGACCUGCUUCAACAACCCGCCGGUCGAGCAGGGCGUGCGGAGCGAACUGGCGCAGGCCGGCGUGCAGGUGCACUCUGGGUACUUCCUGGCCCAGUGGAAUGAUGGGAUGGGCGGAGACCAGGUCCAGUCUGCCUCCUUCACAUCCAAAGCAGCACCGCUCAGGCUGGAGUGCUCGUUCUUCCUUAGCUUCUUCCAGAAGAUGGUAGAUUAUGAUGCCUUCAAAGCUGCGAACGAUGCCUGCCUGGUGUAUGAUGGGAAACUCGUGAUCGACUCCACGUUCCACACGAACGACUCGUGCAUCCGGGCCGCCGGACCGCUCACCAAGUUCGCCCGCAGAUAUCACGCAGACCAAUGGACCCAUGCCAAUUUCUUCUCAAAGGAGGUGGGAUUCCAGCUGGCCGCCAACAUGCUGCACCUGUUCGACCCCACGCUGGAGAACGAGCUCCCCCCCACGCCCGAAAUGGACCAGCUCAUCCCCAUGUACGACAGCGCCAAGAUCCAGGCAGCCGUCCUGCCAGGGGGAGUGAACUACCUCCAUGUGGGCAAACCCAACCUGAAGGUGCCUCUGGACACGUACAUGUCAUCUGGCGACUAUGGGAGAGAACUGGUGACCGGCAGUGUGGAGGGGGGCGACUUCUUCCGUCUUCACGUGAACCAGUACAGAACAGUGGAGACCAUCACAUGCUACUCCAAACAGCCGAUCGAGAACACCAACCUGAUCUGCCUGUAUGGAGUCCACGAGCGCUACCUGAACAACCUGGUCUCCCGCUUCGACGAGGGGCUUCUCAAGGACUUCUACAGUUACUUCCGUGAGCCGUGGUGCCUGGCGAUCUUCCACGACCGUUUUGCCGACUUCCGACACGAAGUGCGAGAAAUCCUGCUCAACAGACCGACUUCAGAUGAGGAGUCGCUGGAGGAGCAAGUCCGACAGAUGAUCGACGAGGACAUGGUGUUGAGUAAGGAACAACGGCGGCACCUUGUGGACAACUUUAAGGACUCGGGAGCAAAGCGGUCUGUAGAGACAAGACUCCUCAGCUACCUGAGCUACAACUACUACCACCUGCCCAUGUACGCCAAGCCGGGCAUGGUGUGAGACCAGGGUCUCCUGGUGUGAGACCGCAAAUUGACUCCUUUAGGAUUAUUAUCAAGAAAAAUGUCCAUAUCAUUGUGUAAAUUCGUUGGUAUUUCUCUAGCCUUGCAUCUGCAACUAACUCAUGGAAGGAACUGACAAAUGCCAGCAAUGAAGCAUUGCAUUUGGCACAUACACAUUAGGAUCUGUGGCCUUUUAGUGGUACUCUAAUACUGACUCUGUAUUGGCUGCAGCAGAGGUAGUCUCCAAGCAGAUCCUACGGUGCCUUAGAGAUAGUAUCAAAGCUGGCCAAGGAGUAUAGCCGGCCAAAGGGAGUCAAACGGGCACCGAUGCCGGCUAUACUCCUUGGCCAGUUUUGAUACUAUCUCUAAGGCACCGUAGGGUCUGCUUGGAGAAUAAGGUAAAGGGAGAGUGUAAGAAAAGGCUUUAUUUAACUUUCAUUUGAUCCCUUCAAGUCAAUUUUUAGUAUCGAUCAUUGGAUCUGACUCCUGACUUAUCAAUGAUAGCUUUGAUAUAAUAAUGAUAAUGCAGUUUAUAAUUAAAGAUGGCUUUUUGUGAUUAAAGGUUGACAGAUUCAUUCAUUUGGCCCUAGCCUGUAAAUGUGAGACUGACUGAGUCUGUAAUUUAUAGUGAGCUAUGAUCUGUAUGUAUAUGUAGUACUGCAAACUCUUUUUCUGCACUGUUUGAUGCCUUGUGUGGGCAAUGGUGUUUACUAUGCAAGAUUUGUACAGCACUGAGGAAAUAAACUGACUUCAUUCCA